UCUUCUCCGCCAUAUAUAAAAGCUUUCCAAACUGCCACGGAAACAGUAACCCAGAAAAGAGUGUGUGUAGAGAGGGAGUGAGUGGUUGCAGAGCCAGAACCCUCUCUGAGAUUCGCUUCCAAUUCUCACGGGUGCAGAGACGGCGAAAACAAGAUGGAUAGGUACCAGAGGGUGGAGAAGCCAAAGGCGGGGACGCCGAUUAAUGAGAACGAGAUUCGAAUCACCUCUCAAGGCAGGAUGAGGAACUACAUUUCCUACGCCACCACUCUCCUCCAGGAGAAAGGGUCCAGUGAAAUUGUCCUUAAAUCAAUGGGCAGAGCUAUUAGUAAGACCGUGAUGAUUGCUGAACUAAUUAAGAGAAGGAUUGCUGGUCUCCAUCAAAAUACUUCAAUUGGAUCAAUUGAUAUAACUGAUUUUUGGGAACCGCUAGAAGAAGGCCUUCUUCCUUUGGAGACUACCCGCCAUGUUUCAAUGAUCACAAUUACUUUUUCAAAGAAUGAACUGGAUACUUCUUCCUCUGGAUACCAACUUCCCCUUCCAGUUGAUCAAGUGAAACCGUUGAAUUACUAUGAGGAUGAAGAGGGCUCACCUGGGAUGAGAGGUUGGGCACGUGGUCGUGGAAGGGGCAGGGGCAGGGGCAGGGGCAGGGGUAGAGGAAGUUAUAAUGGGCUUGGGGAAUAUAAUGGAGACAGUCAGGAUGCUGGACGUAGUUUUGCUGGCAGAGGUCAUGGCCGUGCAAGGGGCCAUUCUUUCUGGGGACGAGGUCGGGGCUAUGGCCGUCAGUCUGGUGGAUACUAUGACCAUGGUGAAUAUGAGGCACCACUGGCCCAAGGGCGUGGGCGUGGUCGUGGUAGGGGAAGGGACCGUAUGCGUGGUCGGAAUCCCAGAUCCGAUGGGCCAGUCCAAGCAGCAGCUACUUGAGCCGCAGGAAGUAAAAUAUUGAGUGUGAAGUUGAAGAAUGAUGUGGUUGCCUGCUCUGUUUGGGUUUUAGUGAAGUUUGCUGAUAUUUGUGGGAAGUGUUGUGGCCAUGGUGCUUGCAGUUUUGUUCUAUUAGGUUGUGGGAUAGGAACAUAUUCGUAGUUAUUGCUGACCAAGAUAUUAUGAAGGUUGUAUAAUUGUUUUUUUAUUUUUUAUUUUUAUAGGAAUUGUAGCAAUACAUUCUUUCAUUCUUAAUCUUUAAUAGAUGUUGCAUGCUAACUUUACAAGAUAA